AACUUCAGUUUUUUUACCUUUUAAUUUUAUAAUCUGUAUCAUAGACAAUGGAAUGUAAAGACUAGUACAGAUUGCGUCUUUGUCGUGCUUGAAACAGGUUUGCGUUCAGUGUCUUUGCGGGAUGGGAAUGAACUUUUUGUAGAAAUUACAAGUGAUUUCGUACUGAGAUGGGGCGCCUGAAGAUGCUGGUCUUCUCAGCUGUAGCUCUGACAUAUCUCCUGCAAGCUUCAAACGCAGGAGAGACAGUCCUAUCUACAGUCCUAACACCAUCAAACGCCGAGGUACUCAGCCGCCAAGGCCGGAGUUACUACGACGAUCGCUACGGUCUCGGACGGCCCUACGACCGGCUAGAGUACGACCGACCGGCGCGUUGCGGUCGCUGCGAUGAGCGCUACGAUGACGAUUACGACCGCCCACGUGACCGCUACGACGACGACCGGCGCGGACACAGACCCUCAAAUCGCUUCGACAAAAACAAGAAUUACGACGACGACGAUGACAGAAAAUUCGGCUCGGAUAGAAGAAAAACGAAUGGAACAGAUGAUACCGAUGAUGAAGCUAAAAAGAGACCGUACGAUGACGAAAAAAGACCCAGCGGCAGCGGCGGCAGGAGAGACCGCGAUAGAGAUCGUGAUAGGAACCGCUACGAUGACAGAGACCGAUAUCGACCGGACUAUUACGAUAGGUUCCUAAGAGACCCUUACAGGGAAAGAGAACGGCCGUAUUACGAUGAUCCUUACAGACGACCGUCGUAUGAAAGAUACCCUUACCAAGAGCGAUAUGACGAGGGGUACGGAGGAGGGUAUGGUGGUGGAUACAGUGGUGGAGCCAACGGGGGGUAUAGAAGGCCAGUGGGAGGGUACGAUGAGCGGUAUGACAGAGGCAACGGAUAUGACGACAUUUAUGGAGGUUAUGGACCUAGCGCGGGCAGAGGGCCUCAUGAUAGUUUCAGACCAUGGGACGAGACUUACCGUGGCCAAGCCGGUUGGGACGCGGGUGGUAGAGGCUACUACUUCGCGUCCGGAAGACCAGACGCCGGCGCCGCUGGUGCCUGGGGCAGACCGCAAUAUAACAGCAGACCAGAAGUGAGCAGCGGUUGGCAGAACGUCUACCGUGAACGUGAUCCUUAUGCCAGCGGUGGCGGUGGCUACGCACCAGAUACUGGCUACGGUGGCUACCGGCAGGACUUAGCGGCUAGCUACGGCCGGCCUAGUGGCUGGCAUAGUGUGAGCGCCCGGCCUUAUAGAGACCAGAGCGGAGUAAACUCCUUGGAAACCAGACCAAAUUACAACCAGCCAUCCCGCACCCAAUCCAACGCUUACGGACAAGAUAAUCGUGGCCAAUCCUACGGUCAGGCCAAUUAUGGCCAAGCCAAUUAUGGCCAAGCCACUUACGGCCAGACCACGUCUGGAAGCAGCAGCACUACUCCUGGGACCAGCUACUUGUAUCAGCGGGAAGAUGAACAAGUGACAACGAAAGUAGUUGAUGAGACCACUAAGCCGCCAUCUUAAAUGCUUAGUUUGAAAAAGGUCCUUAACCCUUAUAGAAUACACUUAGGUAUAAUACGC